AUGGAGAGUCUCUCACACAUUCCACCCGGUUAUCGAUUCCAUCCGACCGAUGAAGAACUUGUUGACUACUAUCUGAAGAAGAAAGUAGCAUUCCCGGGAAUGCAAGUUGAUGUUAUCAAAGAUGUUGAUCUCUACAAAAUCGAGCCAUGGGACAUCCAAGAGUUAUGUGGGAGAGGGACAGGAGAAGAAAGGGAAUGGUACUUCUUUAGCCACAAGGACAAGAAAUAUCCAACAGGGACUCGAACCAAUAGAGCAACGGGUUCGGGAUUUUGGAAAGCAACGGGCCGAGACAAGGCCAUAUACUCGAAGCAAGAGCUUGUCGGGAUGAGGAAGACUCUUGUAUUUUACAAAGGCCGAGCCCCAAAUGGUCAGAAAUCCGAUUGGAUAAUGCACGAAUACCGUCUAGAGACCGACGAAAAUGGACCACCUCAUGAGGAAGGAUGGGUGGUUUGUCGCGCUUUCAAGAAGAAACUAACCGCAAUGAAUUAUAACAAUCCAAGAACCAUGAUGGGAUCAUCAUCAUCGGGCCAAGAAUCUAAUUGGUUCGCACAACAACAAAUGGAUGUGGCUAAUGGUAAUUACUACCACCUUCCUGAUCUAGAGAGUCCAAGAAUGUACCAAGCCUCAUCCUCAUCAUCAUUAUCAUCAUUACAUCAUAAUGAUCAUGACCCUUAUGGUGUUGUACUAAACACUAUCAACGCAACACCACCCACACUAAUGCAACGAGACGAUGAAGGAGAUCAAAAUGGUCAUGUGAUUGCCAAUGAUGAUGACCAUAUGAUCAUGAUUAACACAAGUACUGCUGAUCAUCAUCAUCACCAUAACCACCAAUCAGGAUUACUACAUAAUGAUGAUCAUAAUGAUCAAGUGAUGGAUUGGCAAACUCUUGACAAGUUUGUCGCUUCUCAGCUAAUCAUGAGCCAAGAAGAGGAAGAAGUCAACAAAGAUCCAUCAGAUAAUUCUUCGAAUGAAACAUUUCAUCAUCUCUCUCAAGAGCAAGCAACAAUGGCUUCGAUGAAUAUUGCCUCUUCCUCUUCUUCUCCAUGCUCCUUCUACUCUUGGGCCCAAAAUACACACACGUAA